AAAGUCAUUGACAAUUUAUAAUUUAUAACCAUUAAGGCGUCAACGGCCCAUUGCCCAUUACAUUUUUACUUUAUUUGCAAUAAAGUUGUAACGUUACAUUUUUCUGUGCUGUAUGAUAAUUUUUAAUUUUUCAAAGUUAAGUACUUGUCAAAAUACAUAUUGCAUAAUAUAUAAUUGAAUACGUUAGAUUAUCCAAUAUCUGUUUUGAACACUAUAAAUUAAAAAUUUAAAGUUUAAAAUUAUGUUUCGAAAAUUGAUCUUGGCGCAAUCAAAACUGUUUAGACAUCCUAUCAUGGUACAAAAUCCUAAUGUUCUGCAUUUACGUGGCAAGAAGGAUACUUCUAAGCAAACCUCGAAGGAAACCAAACAAGAUACAUGCAAACCAGUCUAUGAAUGUAUUUGUCCUCCAAUACAUUACAGAAUACUGACUAUGGAUGAUAUGCAAUUGCCAUAUGGUAAUUGGAAAGAACAAUAUACAAAAAGAAACAAAUCUUACAAUAAAAUUUUGUUGUUUGGUUUAGUUUCAUUGAUUGGUUCAAUAAUAGUUCUAAAAGAAUCCUUAUUUUUCAAUGCAGUUCCACCUCCUUAUCCCUUUGAUAAAAUCAGUAUAUUUGAAUGUGCUGAUGAUGAUGAAGACUGUGAACUUGAAUGCGAAUGCGAAUGUUAACAUGAAAACGUUAGUAACCGAUAUAUUUUUUAAUUGUUAUUUAAAGAUAAAAAUAUUAUUUCAUGACUAAAUAAUCAUUAUAAUGUAAAGAUUUUUUUUUUUUUUUUGUUAAACAUACUACUAACAAACAUAUAAACAUUAAAAACCUAAAUAAACCUAUA